GUGAUUGGUGGAUGUGGAUUACGUCACGCAGACUGGCAGCGAGUUAGGCUGCGCUGUAUCGUUACUCUCUGAUGUGUCCGAUUCCAGGAAGUGAAGUUUGUGAACAGCUCGAGUGAGAGGAGAUCAGGAUGACCACUUUAAUUCGGCGUGGACGAAGGGCAGAGGAGAGCCAGGAGAAGAGGACGGAUUCUGACGAUUCAGGCAAAGAUAAUGACGACGACUCCUCAUCAGACUGCAAGGACAUGAGGCUCACUCUAAUGGAGGAAGUUCUGCUUCUGGGUCUGAAAGACAAAGAGGGCUACACAUCCUUCUGGAAUGAUUGCAUCUCGUCUGGACUGCGUGGAGGAAUUCUGAUCGAGCUGUCACUGCGAGGUCGCAUCAUUCUGGAGCCUGCCACUUUAAGGAAGAAACGACUUUUGGACCGAAAGGUACUGCUGAAAUCUGAUGCACCAACCGGAGACAUUUUAUUGGAUGAAACCCUGAAGCACAUGAAGGCCACAGACCCUGCCGAAACAGUGCAGAGCUGGAUCGAGUUACUGACUGGUGAGACCUGGAACCCAUUCAAACUGCAGUACCAGCUUCGUAAUGUCCGAGAACGUAUUGCCAAGAACUUGGUGGAAAAGGGAAUACUUACCACCGAGAAACAGAAUUUUCUGCUGUUUGACAUGACCACGCACCCAGUCACCAACACUACCGAGAAGCAACGCCUGGUAAAGAAACUUCAAGAAUCCCUUCUGGACAAGUGGGUCAAUGACCCUCAUCGCAUGGACAAACGGACAUUGGCUUUGUUGGUGCUGGCUCAUUCUUCGGAUGUUUUGGAGAAUGCUUUCUCAACCCUGCCAGAUGAUAAGUAUGAUAUGGCCAUGAACAGAUCCAGAGAUCUAUUGGACCUGGACCCAGAUAUCGAAGGAAACAAGGCCAAUGCCUCAGAAAUGAUAUGGGCUGUGCUUUCAGCCUUCAAUAAAUCAUAAGCAAAGGGGAUAAGAAAUAACAACUCAACUUUAUAAGGAUUAACUCCAAUCCAUCUCCAGCUUGUAUGGUGGGGUAGGAGGAGGAUUGAGCUCAAUGACCAUGCUUUAGCAUGGAGUCUUGGAACUAAUAAACUUUGUUACCCCGCCUUCUGAUCUACCCCGACAUCAGCUCCAACACUUUUUAAGAAUAACCAGUUAGUUCGCAAAGCACGUUUUCAUGACCAGAAUCCCGAGUAGGUGCUGAGUUAGGAGAUUAGUACAGCUCACACAACUCCACCACUGGGAGAAACCGGGAAUGGCUUUUGGUCAUUCUGAAUCAUUCUCUUCUGCACCUUGUUAUGUUUUCGAAAUGUAAAGUAAUACUUAAUAAAGCCAGAAAUGGAGGUCAUAACACACUUGUAUUCUCCUAGAACAUUAUCGAGGCUUUCCCAUUCUUUUUUUUUUGUGAGCUAUUCAGGUAACGGAUGUGUAGGUAAAACCUUUUACCCACAAAGAACCUGGAUCUCAGGACUGCUCAUAUGAAUCUACUUUGCACAAAGAGGUCCCUGCACAUCCUUAACAUCCUCACCUAAUUUAGUUCUACAGAUCGGUGUUCCGUAGUGUCUCUCGUUGCCACAUUCAAUGAACUAUAGAAUUCUCCACCAGUUGUUGAGCAGACCAAACCCUCCUGUUUAACCACCGAACUCGGUGUAGGCUCAGACAGAUAUAUAAACCUAUAAGGGGCUACAGCGACCAGUAAUGCAGAUUAGGGCAUAUAGACCGCAUCACAUAGGUUUAGUUUUACAUAUAUACAUAUAUAUAUAUUUUUUUUGUUCACCUUUUAGCCCACAAAUCUUUCUCCAAGUAUGCAUAUAUCUGUCUUCUCUUUUUUUUUUCCAUUACAUAUCUUGAUAACAAAAGCAUUUUCCUUUAAGACCCAUGUGUCACUUUUUGUGGUGGUCCACACUGUUGGGGAUAUGGGGACGUCUCCCUGAUAGGUUUCCUUUUUUUUUUUCCUUUUUUUUUUUCAUAUGGAUUACUAGACAUUAACUGUUAAUUAAACCAAAACUACCACACUGCUUGGCCAAAUCGAUCGUCUCUCAGGAUCAUGGGAGUUUAAGUUCAACAACUAAAGAGUGAUUAUGGCCAGGUCUACUCCAUAUAAAUUACAAUUAUGCUUAACAUCCAGUGUGUGUGCCUGAUUUUUUUUUUUUUUGCUAUGUUAAUUUCAUUUUUUUAUUAAAUGUUUUGUUUGUGUUUCCCUCCCCCAGAAGCCAUUUCAUCACUUGUGAUUUAUGUAUUGUUUUCUAUCUUUUAUGAUCAUUUCCUCUUACUCUGAUCUUGAAUAUCAAAGUGUGAUUGUGAUAUACAUGUUUUUUUUUUUUUUUCUUCUUGUCAUUAUUGCAGUGGGUUUACAAAUCCAUACGUAGGGUUAUCGGAUAUAUUUUAUUAACUUUCUUUGGUAAAGAUAUGGUAGGGCCAAAGUUAAGCAAUGGCAAAGAAUAUGUAUAAUCAGUUACGUCUUUGAUGCAUAUUUCCAAUAAAUUCUGUAUAGUAUUUUAAA